AGCAUAACACAGCCAACCCAAGGAGAGUGCAGCAGUCUUCCUGCUACACUAGCUCCCCUUUCUGGUCCCUGUAGCCAUUUUUAAGCUUUUUAAUUUUGUUGAGGAUUUAGUCGAGGUUCCGCUCCAACCGGCUGCAGCCACCUCCCGCUGGAUCGUUUCCAACACCAGCUUGGUCCGAGAGGCUCCCUCUACUUUAGACUGAAUUUCCCAGAAGCACUGGGUCUCUUCCUCAGACUGCUGCUGCUUGGAUUUGGCGUCUAUAUUUACCGGUUUUCAAAACACAAACACUAAACAAUACUACUACUCGCUCGGCUGUUUAAAAACGGCGGUUCUGUGUUUUCACCGUUGAUCGUCGGUCACCGUAACCCCGCCCCCUGCCCGUGACGUACUCGGUUUUCAACUCUGGCCCAGCAAUGAGUUGGUGCCCGAAAAAGCCCCAGUUUUUGGAGUCUGGAGCCGCAGCUUCGCCAUAAAAAACAAAGAAACGUUGCCAAGUCGGGUACUGGCUCCAACUUCGAACUUGAACCAGCCCUAUCAAAAAGGGGGUUGUGUCGUCUCCAUGGAAACCAGACUCCAACCAGCAGAGCAGAUCAGCCAAUGACAGACGGGGGGCUGCGCAGUCGUAUUUCCAUGCGGCCUGUAUAAAAAGUGUCUCUCUGCUCUCAGCUCCAGUCGUUCCUACAGAGACGGAGAAAGAUGCCGGAACCAGCCAAGUCCGCCCCGAAGAAGGGCUCCAAGAAAGCGGUGAACAAGAGCGCCGGGAAGGGCGGCAGGAGGAGGAAGAAGAGCAGGAAGGAGAGCUACGCCAUCUACGUGUACAAGGUGCUGAAGCAGGUCCAUCCCGACACCGGCAUCUCGUCCAAGGCUAUGGGCAUCAUGAACUCGUUCGUCAGCGACAUCUUCGAGCGGAUCGCCGGCGAGGCCUCCCGCCUGGCUCACUACAACAAGCGCUCCACCAUCACCUCCAGGGAGAUCCAGACCGCCGUCAGGCUGCUGCUGCCCGGUGAGCUGGCCAAGCACGCCGUGUCCGAGGGCACCAAGGCCGUCACCAAGUACACCAGCUCCAACUGCUGUAAUGUGUGAAUUUCCUGCUGAAUGAUCCAUAAAGACAGCAGCUGCUGAUCCUGCUGUUGGUCAGUUGGUGGCGCUGAUGCAGCAAAGAAGGUUUAUUAUGAAGCAGCAGGAAAAUCCACAGAAGAAGAAGAAGAAGAAGAAGAAGAAGAAGAAGAAGAAGAAGAAGAAGAAGAAGAAGAAGAAG